GGCAGUCUUCCCAAAAAGGCGUCACUAUUACUGCACGACUGUUCAUCACUCCUGACACUUCUCUGGCCUCCCCAUUGGUUGUGAUCAAACUAUCAUAUGGUACAGCGAGUGAGAAGGUAUCGCGCAAGCAUGGACAAGGAAGUCAGCUGGCUGCCAAGUUCACGAACAGAUUCUCAGUAUACCCUCAUGCCUGGGUCCUCUAGCAUUAUGGGCUGCCACUGUUGGACAAUAUUCGACGAUGAUGCAGUUUAUUCUGGGUCAAAUACUGAAUCACUUGAUAGUUCGACAACAAUGUCGCUCAGCUUCAGCUCAAGUCCGCAUUACCCAGUUCUGGGAAAUGACGGUAUUCACGAAUGCGUCACAAGAGGGGCUCACAUUGGCUUCCUGCUGUCCUUGCCUACACUGGCAACUGAUGCUCAAUUUGUUCCAGAGUCCAUUCUUUCUCUCAGUGGAAGCAAAGCGCAUAUUACCAAAGUCGGCACCCUUUUGGCCCAUCACUUAGUGCUCACUUGUGCAAUUUUGCUUCCGGCUCAAGUCUCGUUGUGGUUGAGGAAUUGCCAACCGCUGUAUCUUUCUCCUAUUCGUCCUGAUCGUGCCAAUGGUCGAGCUGCAUUAGGAGCCCAAAAAUGUAACCCGGAACAAAGCUCGAGGUCGAGCCCUUCGCAUGGUGCUAGAACUGCGCGUAACAACUCGAACUGCACGGACGGCAUGAACGGCAUGGGUAGCUUUCAGGGCAUGGACAUAAAUGGCAUGAGUGGACUUGGAAGUGAUUUGGCCAAGGCUCGAAUAACAUGGAGCCAUAAGAGUCCUAUCUAGAGACUACCUUCAGGCCUGUAAUUGAAUCGGAUUCGUCAGUUGGAGUUUCUUGGUCGCGACCUUUUGUGCGUGGGCGAAUCUCAGCUGCCACUGGGAUCUCCUCGUACCACCCCCGUGACGCCAAUAUUGAACUUGACAUACUUGUCUGGUGGUGACGGUCUUUGGUGUUUAAUCGCAAUACGCCAUGGGCCGAUCUUUCUAGUUACAAAGACCUCAAUUUCUUUAUUCCUACCUGUCUGCAUGAUCAGUGAGGAUGAAUGCCUUUAUUGUCAAGAUGGGAUCCCAAG